AUUGGAGCAAUUAUGCGGUCAUCAAGCAAUGAAAGCUUGCACCUGAACUGUAAACCAUUCAAACUUGAUGUUAUGAAAACGGAUCCAAGACCAAUAGAUGAAAUCGUGUGCAUCUACUAUAAAUUUACAGAUAGAAAAUUUUACCCGGAUUCUUGUACCAAGAAUAAGACUUUUGUUUGCGAAAACAAAAGCAAAGCAAAGGCAAACUGCACGAUGGUGUCUGUAAAAGAGGAAUUAGAAGAUGAAUGUCCAUAUCUAUUAGAAGUAGAUGGAUCAAGUAAAACUAAACCUGACGAAAAAAGUUGCAGGGACAUAUGCAUGAAAUCAAAAAGUUGUUAUGCAACAAUAUGGAACCCAACCACAAAUAAUUCAUGUACACCUUACCGGUACCUGAAAAAUUGUACAGCAAGAAAUAAUGAAACUCUUUCUCCUUCGACACCCAUUUGUCAUAAGAGUUUUUUUGUCUUCAAGAAAGGAGCGUACUCAGCGUCAUUUCCUCAGGUGCUAUCUGAACUCUGCCCAGAAAUGACACCAGAACGCCUUCAAGAAAAAGUUAACGUCCUUAAAACCAACCUGACAGUUAAUCGAAAAGACACCAACAAGUUCAGACGCACCCUGAUCAGCGCACCUGAUGACAGACGCUCAGCUAAGAACCUAGGCCUGGUGGGUGUGGUCGUCAUCUGCCUGGUAGCCGGGGUCAUCGUCUUUUUUGACUGUGUCAAUGUUGUGCAGCGUGUAGCAUGUCGUCUACGUGUUAAAGUUGACUGACUUUUAUCUUUCAGAAGAUAAAAUCAUGCAAAAACUGUUUUAAAAAAGUGACCGAUUACUUUUAUUCUUCUGAACUGUGUUAACUGUUAAUAUGAUUAAGUUAAAGGGUCUGUUUUUUUUAAUGUUGGUAUGUGUUGGGGGGUAAAUAUAUUUUUGCAGUAUAUGCAUAUACUGAUAUUCUGGAAACAUCCUAAUCUCUGUUUAAAUAUAUGUUAUCGAUUGAUUUUUUUAAUGAUCAAAUUUAUUAAUCAAUUGUCCAAUUAAUGAAUGUUAUUUGUGUAAUAAAACUAAUCAUACGUAGGGGUUGCGUUUUUUUCA